AUGCCCCCAGUGGUCCUACCAGGGAUGGUGGCGCCCCCACAAGCCCUCCCAGAGGUGGUUGCGCCCCCAGCGACCCUCCCAAUGGCGACCUCGCUCCCAAAGGCUAUCCCAGGGGCGACGGAGGUCCCCGGGGCCCUCCCUGGGGAAACUGCGCCUGCAGGGGCCCACUUAGGGGCGAUGGCAUCCCCAGGGGAAUUCCCAGAGGUAGUUGCGCUCCCAGUGCACCACCCAGGGGCACCGGUGCCCCCAGGGGCACUCCCAAUGAUGGUGGCAUACUUAGGGGCUCUUCCAGGGGCGGUGUCGCCUACAAGGGCCCUCCCAGCUGCAGUGGAGACCUCAGGGGGCCUCUCAGGCUGUCUCCAGGGUCCCUUCAGUGACAGUUCCCCCUGGGGCCUUCCCAUUUGCCCUACCAUAUGCUACGCCUUCAGGCGCUUUCCCAGGGGUGUUGGCGCUCACAGGGGCCCUAAAAGGGGUGCCCCCAGUGCCCCUACAUGGGUUGGUGGUGCCCCCACACGCCCUCCCAGAGGAGGUUGCGCCUCCAGGGACCCUCCCAAGGGCGACCUCGCCCCAAAAGGCUAUCCCAAGGGCGAUGAAGCCCCCCGGGGCCCUCCCAGGAGAAACUGUGUGCGCAGGGGCCCACGUAGGGGCGACGGCGCACCCCCGGGGGAAUUCCCAGAGGUAGUGGCAUUCCCAGGGUACCUCUCGAGGGCAACGGUGCUCCUUAGGCGCCCUCCCAAGGAUGAUGGCGUACUUAUGGGCUCUCCCUGGGGUAGUGGCGCCCACAGGGGCCCUCCGAAGGAUGGUGGCAUACUUAGGGGCUCUUCCAGGGGCGGUGGCACCCCCACAAGGGCCCUCCCAGCUGCAGCGGCGACCUCAGGGUGCCUCUCAGGGCUGGUUGCACCCUCAGAGGCCUAUCAAGGGGCAACGACGCCCCCAGGGGCUCUUUGUAUGGGCAGCAGCGCCCCCAGCGGCUCUCCUUGGGAGCAGCGAUGCCCCAGGGGCCCUCCCAGGGGCCCUAACAGAGGCGCCCCGUCCCAGGAACCCUAUAGCUUUUGCUCGUGGUGUCCUGCUCCCAGGGUCCCUACAGUGACAGUUCCCCCUGGGGCCUUCCCAUUUGCCCUACCAUAUGCGACGCCUUCAGGGGCUCUCCCUGGGGUGUUGGUUCUCCCAGGGGCCCUACAAGGGGCCCUGUCAGGGGCAUGUGGAGUCCCCAGUGGCCUUACCAGGGGUGGUGGCGUCCCAACGUGCCCUCCCGGAGGCGGUUGCGCCCCCAAAGGCUAUCCCAAGGGCGACGUCGCCCCCAAAGGCUAUCCCAAGGGCGACGUCGCCCCCAAAGGCUAUCCCAAGGGCGACGUCGCCCCCAAAGGCUAUCCCAAGGGCGACGUCGCCCCCAAAGGCUAUCCCAAGGGCGACGGACCACCCCGGGGCCCUACCAGGGAAAACUGUGCCCGCAGGGGCCACUUAGGGGCGACGGCACCCGCAGGAGCCACUUAG